GCGGCGUGUAAAUUCGCGCUUGCGUGCUUGUGGGACGAUGGAUGGCGGUGGAGUCAGCUCGUCUGCCCCGUUAUUGAGCCCCCAUCACGCAAUAGAAACCCACGUAGUAUAUAGACCGCCAGCCUGCGAAAGGUUCAUCACUCAGCCACUACGGCGCCGUACAGACGGACACGAGCGUAGUAAGCUGGACAAGAUUCAUGAAUUGCAAACUCCUGUUAGAAACAGCUCACUGGAGAUCACAGAGGCUUGAUGAAACCAAAAAUCCAAAAUAUAGUCAUGAUGCCUAGCGGCGAUGCAUUGCGCUGUGAUUUAGUAAUGUAUUACCGCCUGCUACUAAUCAGGUGACGAGAAAGAGAAACCGAAAUUGGAAAGAGGCAAGAGGGGGCAAAGGACGAUCGGAGAAGCCCAUAACCUCGCACGGCGGCCCAGGCGCAGAAAUACGACUCUGCUGGUCUUUUAUGGUCUCAAGAAGGCAUGCUAAAGUACGCUCUCUCCCGUGCUCGCCUAUGAUCUGGGCUAAGGAUUGGUUUUCUCCCUAAGAAAACGCCUACAGGCUACAGGCCGCAAGGAGCUGGGUCAUUUUCAGACAGGAUAAGCGGCGGAAAACCGAACGCCUCAACUAUCAGCGAUUUUCCACAGCGGUCAUUGUAGGAAGGACAAUGCUCAUCCGCCAGAAAGUGUUUCCCGCUGCGCCAACCCCGGUGGAACCUACCUUUGGAUAAUUCACACUACCCUAGUGUCUGCAUCCCAUCACAAAAUACCUCCAAAACCUCUCCAACGAAGCGGAUGGCCAUUAAUCACCAUGGCGAUGAAGCAUUGGGCGGUACUAGCUAUAUCCGAUAAACGUUUUCAUUUCGACUUGACGUUAUAUAAUGAUCUUCUAUGCAGCUCGUUCAUAUCAUCAACAAGAAACAUCAAUUCCCGCAGAACAGGUUUCGACUACCCAACUCGCAUCUCACUCUCCAUGUUCAUGCACUACCACCCGACGCUCGUCCCCUCUGGGCCUGCUCCUUCUCGGCCUCCUCUUUUUCACGCCAAACCCAAGCCAGCUUUUCCUCCUCGAACCAUACAUAAUAAGCCGAGGCUCAAUGCCACUAUCAAACUCAGGACUGCUGGUUCAGAGAGAAUUAUUUGCCAGGCACCGUUUAAAAGGAAAACGAAGCAUCACAAAUUACACAACCAACUCAAGCGCCAGCCAGCUCUCCCUACCAUUCCUGAACAGUUCGAAGACAGCGUAACAUCCGCGCCAGCUAUUUCUCGCACAUCUUCAAGCUCUCAGCUCCUCCCUUCAUUUGAACGUGUGACUACUGUGCUUCGCAUAUUUUCUAGUCUUUUCACAAAGGAUGAAGAGGAGAAAGAAAAGCAGCAACAAGGACGGUGGAGUUGGCUUAGCUGGAAUAGCUCGGGAGAGGAAAGCUCGAACAACGAGGUGAUAAGGAUCACGACUGAGGACCUUCUUGAUGUCGGCCCAGCUAUCACUGUUACUUCGCCCAAGAGGACGCCAUCGCCAAGCUCGGACCCUUUCAAUCAAUUCAGCAACAAUGAACCGUUCUUCCCGGACCUUGGCUGCGACAAAGGAUCACACUGUGUUUUGGACUCUGACCCUGAGACCCAUUCAUCAACAUGGUCAGGCAUUAUUUCUCGAGACGUAUUCUAUGACGAGACAUGGAUAGCUGGUUCCCAAUUACUACGAACGGCCGAUGGGCAGAUCGUUUGCGACCUGCAAGAGAAGGGCUUGUUGAAUAGUGUCUCGCGGAAAGCCAAAAAGGAGAGAAAGAAAAGAGUAAAAACUCGGGUGGCGAACUCUGACCUUACUGUAGGUGGGACACAUGAAUACUUUGUCAAGUCCGUGCAUCUCUCUUCACACUACACCACUAGCGUAAGCACCACCACAGUCUCCGGCAGCUUCGCCGCAGGAACCAGGACAGAUUUCCUUAGGAGGGCCCGUCAACACGCAAUGGAUAUGUUGGGUCUCGAUGCUAUGGCAGGUUCUCGCACCGAAUGAAUCGAAAAGAUUGGAUUUUUAUCGAAAACAAACUAUAGGGCGUUCUAUAAUUGAUUUUACACCCGCUAUGCAUGGCGA